AUGAUGCAUAAUAAUGAAUUUAAAUUAGAAAUGAAAAUUAAAUCUUUUUUGUUAAAUCUUGAGUAAAAUGACAAUUAGGUCGAAUUUAAAAAGCUUGGUUACUUGAGAUGUCAUGGUGAUUGGGUUACCACCAUAAUUACAAAUUAAGAUCCCACUUUAGUUUAUUUAGUCAUUUCAGGCUCAGGAGACAAAUCAUUACUAGUUUGGAAACUAUACAAACAACUAGAUGGCGAUUUGGCUGGUUAACCAAGAAAACAAUUGAAAGGACACUCUCAAUUUGAUUGCAAUUUGGUUUUGUCAAAUGAUAAUCAAUAUUUAUUAUCUGCCUUAUGGGACAAAGAAUUGAGAUUCUGGGAUUUGGUUAAUGGAACUUGCAUAUAUAGAUUUAUUGGAAACAAGAAGAAAAUCUUUACAUGUGCAAUGAGCCCUUUGUGGUGGAGCUGAACGAAAAUUUAAAUUAUACAAUGUCAAGGCUGAAGAAAAACUCACCAAGUCAAAUCAUUUCCAUACUCAUUCGAUUAGCUCACCAAUCAUUAAAAACAUCCAACUAUAUUUUGUUACAGUUUUUUGGAAUGGUUGGCUUAAGGUUUGGAAUCAAAAUUUUACAAAAAGAUUCCAAUUCAAGGCUCAUGAUUCUUAAAUCAACCCCGUUGCCAUUAAUCCAUCUGGUGAAUAUAUUGCUACUGGAUGUAAAGACAAGAAGUUGUACAUUUGUAAUAUUACUGCCUUGAAGAAACCAGCCUUUGAAUAUAAUGCAGGAGCAAUCAUCAAUUAAGUAAGUAAAUUCAUCAAAUAUUUAGUUUGCUUUCCACCCAUAAUAAAAUUGUAUUGUUGCUGCAAUAGAGAAUGGAAUUAAAGUUUCGUAAAUAUCUUAAGAAGAAAAAGCUGAAACCAAGACACCAAUCGUUACAUUAGAUCACCACACUGAAAGUAUUAAUUAUAAUUAAUCAUUUAGCUUAGGUUGCUGGAGGAGUGAAGAAGGUGUAAAAGCAUGAAGUUGUUUCUGUUGCCCUUGAUGCCAAUGGCGCAAAACUUCAUGGAGGAUGGAUCAAUUUUAGUUUGGGAAGUUUCAAUAAAGAAUUGAAAUAGUUAUCUAAAUUUAAAUAAUCUUACUUUAAAUUCAUAUCUUAGAUAAAAUCGUUUUUUCUUUAUGAAAUCUUAGUGCUUCUAAUUGAUUCAGAUUGA